AUGAAUACUACUUUUCAGCAUAUUCAAUCUACUAUUUCAUCUAAAACAAUUUAUAUAUUCUGGCCGCCUACUCAAAGUGAAACGGACGCACGUAGAAGUAAUGCUGGUAAUUGGACACCUAAUCAUUUCGUACCACUUUUACUUCCGUCGAGCGAAUCUCAGAAUAAAAAUAAUCUGACUGAACCGAAAGCCACUGGUUCAGGAUUGACACCAACUAAAUCAACAACGAAGAAUAACGUACUAACUCAAAUUCGUAUUCCUGAAUUUAAUGCAGAGGAUGACGAAAUUCAACAAUUUCAAACAUUAUCGGCCUCUUCCACGGUAAGCCAGGAAACCGCAACAACUCCUCGAACUAAACGAAGACUACAAGCAAAAGAGACUUACACGAGCGUGGAGAACACGAAUAUUGACAAGGGACGAUUACAAGCUUGUCAAAGGAUGGCUGCUAAACGAACUCAAGCUACACCGGAGGAAGCUGAAAGACAGCGGAUGCUUGCAAGGAAAAGAAGCGCAGCUAGUAGAGCUGCUUUAACACCAGAACAAGUUGAAUACGACCGAAGUGUGGCUCGAGACAGAAGCGCAGCUAGAAGAUCUGCUUUAACAUUGGAAGAAAUGGAAAAGCAACGAGAGCAAACUCGUGAGAAGGUAGCAGCAUGGAGAGCUACUCUUACACAGAAGGAAAUCCAACUACAACGAACACUUGCUACUGAACGAACUAUGAGUAAACGAGCUGCAGCAUCACCAAAAGAAACCGAGGAACAGCACGUAGUAGCUCGCAAAAGAAGUGCCGCAAGACGAACUGCUUACACAUCUGAUGAACUCGAACAGCAGCGCGCAUUUGCUCAUCAGAGAUAG